AUGAAGUCACAAGUGGACAGGAAAAGAUGCCCUUCUCCCGAGUUCUCCCCUGGAGACAAAGUGUGGUUGUCCUCCAGAUACAUCCGCUUUAAGCCUGUCAUCCACAACAACUUUUCUGAAAAGGACAUAUCACCUUCCUCCAUCUCUGAUGUUUUUGCUGUUAAUGAAAUUCUUGAUUCCAAGCUGAGGAUCCACAGGGACGAAUCUGCUUUGCUCCAAAUUUCUAAGAGGAAAAGAUCGAGGAACGAGGAAUCUGGAUCUUGGAUACAAAGGAAAUCCUGUAUUGUCAAUAUGGAAUUUGUGGAGAAGUUUGCGGAGAAGCAUGCCUCUGCUAAGUACCAUACAUGUGCAGAUGGGUCUCUGGGAGAUAAGUUUAUGGCAUUGAGGAUGCAGUGCCAGGAAUAUAAUGGUAACAUUGGUUGUAAAAAGAAUAGCAAGAAGUGGAAGAAAGAAAAGUUAGGUAAUGAAAUCUUAUUGCUUAUGAAAAUUAAGGAGAUAGCGGAAGAGAAGGAGACCAAGUGGCAGAAUGAGAGGAGGCAGAUGAAAGAGAGUUUAGAUAAGAUUGCAGAGUCUGUUCUUGAAAUUUCUGAAGAGUCCAGUAAUGAAUUGGGACAUUUAAAGGCAGAAAUAGAUGAAUUAACCAAAAGAAACAAAGGGCUGGUGGAGUUGGCAGAGAGGUAUGAGCUUAAGGUUGGCUCUAACAGGUCCCAUUUAUUGUCUUUAGAGAAUAAGAUUAGUCAGAUGGAGGUGAUGAUAGCUGAUUUAGAAGGGCAGCUGUCUAAAGCAAGAUCCCAGCUAGUCAGCCAAGAGCAGCACAUCCGGUCCCUUACAUUGCAUAAAUGUGAAGUAACAAGUGUCUGCACAAUUUCAUCUAUGGAUGAGGGCGGGGUAACAGGCAUGGUAGCUGAUAGUCCUCCAGCAUUGACCAUCCAGGACAGACUUCAUUUGUGUAAAGUUAUUGGAGAAUGUAAUACAAGCGAAUCACCCAUAACUUUAUCCAAUAGGUUUGAAGCUGUAGUGAAGCAGUAUCACCUAGAUAACAAAGAUGCUUGGUCUCUGCUCCGAGCUUGGCUUCCAGGGCCACUGGCAGCGCAGUUAACAUCUGCCCACAUAGAUGAUGAUGACCAUAGAGGUGAAGAAUUCAGGAGGAAGGAGCUGCAGCGUGUUUUGGGUGGGCGAGACAUUAGGGGUGAAGAUGCCCUAAGAAAGUUGCGGUUCAGGAGAUGUGAUGAUCCGGUCAUGUUUUGUAAUGAUUAUCUCUCCCUAUAUAAGUGUGUUUAUAACUGCCCAGAAAUGUCUCAGGAUGAUACCAAUUUCCUCUAUUCCAUGGCAAAUAGAUGUAACGUAGAUUACACCACGAGAUUGGCGCUGAGAAAUACCAGCUCCCAUGAAAAAUUUAUCAAUAUUUUGAGGGACUGGUGUGAAGGGUCUGGAGACAGGAAUGAGACACCCGAAAACAUAUCUGUUGUGUAUAGACCUAGGAGGAAAUGGUGGGUUAGAUAUUGUUACAAAUGUGGGAGACCAGGACAUAUUAAAAGAUAUUGUGAGACAUCUAAUGUGCAUCCUGAGCCUACAGACCAUUCAUCACAGCAGGAGGUUAGCAGCAUGCAGCCUGAGGGGGAGAAUACCACCCAGAAUAAAGAGGUCACAGAAAGGUGUGAAGAGAUGGGUGAUAUGGAGACUAACCCUGUUACAUUUACAUCAAAAUCCUCAACAAAACAGUGCCCCAAUGUAAAUGAAGAGACAAAGAAACAGAAAGAUACAUCCCCUUGUGAACCGCAAAAGGCAGGCAUUAAUAUCCCAAUCAAAGAUACUAAUCUCUAUGCUUCUUCAACAGGUUAUAAACUGAGACGUCAACAAAUGAAACUGAAUAUUCUAGUCACAGACUUCAAUCAUGAGCUGAAGAUUGAUAAAUGA